CUUGCUGAACAAAUGCGGACCUGUGUACGAAUUGCGUUCACUUUCACGGGAAUCGUGACACAGUUCCAGUGCAACAGAACUCGCACCACCUCCUACAGGUAGGCUCGGGUUCGGUACCGCGGUGUGCUUCCCGGUCCGCAUGACAGCUUUCAAAUGACCACUUUUUCAAACCGCCAGUGUGGAAGCUCCAUAAAAGAAUUUUGUGGCCCGGAUUAGAACCUUUAUCUGGCUGGUCCUGGCCCAUGGGCUGUAUGUUUGACACCACUGCCCUACACUCUAUACCCUACUUGACUAUGUAGUACCUGGAUGAUUGUUUGUAGGGCGGUAAUGUCUCAAAUCAACACUGAGUUACUGUGCAGUACCUCGUGCCAUUGUUUUGUUGUUUCUCUCCCAGAUGGCAUCAGUUAAUGAGCCUCAUUACGGACACAGAGACUCUGUGGAUCAGAACUUCGAUUACAUGUUCAAGAUCCUGAUCAUCGGGAACAGCAGUGUGGGAAAGACCAGCUUCCUGUUCCGCUACGCUGACGACUCGUUCACGCCGGCAUUCGUCAGCACGGUUGGCAUCGACUUCAAAGUCAAAACCAUCUACAGGAAUGACAAGAGGAUCAAACUGCAGAUUUGGGACACGGCUGGACAGGAGCGGUACAGAACGAUCACUACAGCGUAUUACAGAGGAGCAAUGGGCUUCAUCCUGAUGUAUGACAUCACUAACGAGGAGUCAUUCAGUGCUGUUCAGGACUGGUCCACUCAGAUUAAGACGUACUCGUGGGAGAAUGCUCAGGUGCUCUUAGUGGGAAAUAAGUGUGAUCUGGAGGAGGAGAGAGUCAUCACUUUGGACCGAGGGAGAGAAUUGUCACAGCAACUCGGUCUGGGGUUUUUGGAGGCGAGUGCGAAGGCGAAUGUGAACGUGAAGCAGACGUUUGAGUGUUUAGUGGAUGUAAUCUGUGAGAGAAUGAAGGAGAGUCCGGACACACUGACAAACAGCAGCGUUCCUCAGGGGGCGGAUCUGAACAACCACCCACAACGCUCACACAAAGACUGUGCAUGCUGAACACACACACACACACACACACACAGCAUACAAACAUGUACAAGACCAGAAACAAAUGAUAGCAAGGACAUUCUUUUGAGAAUACUCCCAAAUGAUGCUAGGAAACAUUUAAAAAUAUCACCAUGAAAAAGCUAGCUAGCUUUCAUAAAAUUCCUGAAAUAAC